GUAAUGUUUAUAAAGUCAGUGCGUUCAACUCGGGACAUAAAAAAGAAAGCCGAAGCAAGGUCAGGACGACGUCAGUAGGCCACGGAGCCCACGACGCAUAAUAAUGGCCGCCGGAUAUGCGUCCCGUCAGACAGGAGGCCACUUUCAAACUACACACACCCUGUAUCUAACAAUGAGAUAUUAACAGUUGCUGGUGACAGUGAAGUGAAAAAUUUAUUAAGAGAUUGUGCUGAAGGAAACAAUGAAGUGUUAUUUACUGAUAGUGACGUUGAUUAUUAGUGUAAAAGCAGCACCGUUUAUAAUAAAGCAAGAGCCUUGGAAGCAGACGAAUCAGUUGGACCAAUCCACGUUGAACCAAAUAGCGCAACAGUCGUUGGAGCAAUGGGUUCUGCAGAAUCAGUAUUAUUCAAUGCAGCAGAUGAUGGCUAUGCAGCACUUGCAUGCGAAGAAACCUCAACAUAUUGAGGUUUCUUCGCAUAGGCCAGUACCAUCAUUAUAUAAUGUACCUCAGCAACCGUUAUUACUACUAAUCCCUAGUACUAUUGCGAAAACUACGAAUCGAAUCGAAAACCAUAAUGAAAAUAAUGAACCAGAUUUAAAAUUUGGCAUUGUAGAUGCUGACUCAGUUGUAAUUAAUGCUGAAAAUGAAGACAAUAUUCGCGAAACAAGCAAAACUCCCCAAAGAGCUGUUGUAGUGUUACCAAAUGGUCAACGAUUAAUAAUAGGUAGCAUCAUAUCUGCUAUCCCUUUCUUACCUUUCGAAGUAAAUGUACCAGACACCAUUGGCUGGAUUUACAAUGGCAUAGCUGGUAUUAUUGGAGGAAUAGGUCAAAGGUUACCAUUCAGACCAAAACCUACAACUGAAAGUCCAGUUCAGCAAAAUCAAGAAUCGAUGGCACCAGAUCAAGAGUCAGUAAUGGCUCUAGAAACGGGGAUGAUACCAACUCAGGAGGCCAGUAUGCUGAUGCAGAAGUUAAUGUCCAGGAGGCCGAAUGUAGGUAUGCUAAUAUUAAUGUUGCCUGUGACGCAAACUGUUCCAAUACAAUGAAUAAAGAAAUUUAUGUGUUUUAAUAUAUAUACUUUUAUUUAUAAUGUGAGAUGACGAAGAAUAUAAUUUAUUACUAUUUGGUAAAGGUAGUUGUUUUUGUCCGUGAAACAUUCAGAUUAUUGUUGGAAAGUGCUCGUCUUUUCCGGAAACAUUUAUAGGCCAUUUUGUAUUUGUGAUACUCGUGAUACAGUCAGCAAAAAAAUAGUUAUAAGGUAUUUUGUGCCAAAAUUCAUCUUAGCAUAACAAAACACAAAUUAUGUAAAGUAAGUACUUUAUUUGUUAUUUGCAGAUACAUUUUAAAGUACAAUUUAGUAUGGGAAUCACUGAUACAUGGUAACAGAAAAUCUUACUCUAGCUCGGGUUCAAGAGUGUAACUUUUUUUUAUUUGCCAUUAUACAGGUUCUGUCUAUAGACUUCACUAAGUAGAUAAACACAUUAACUGAUUAAUAACUCCUAUUGUUUUUAUUAGUUAUAAAGCCUAAUAAACACAAGCACUUGAAUGUAAAACUUUUUAUUGUUCAUACAUAGUUACACUUUCAAACGCCGACUAUUAUCAUACUAAUUUCUAAAUUAACCUAAAUAAUAAAAUGGCAACGACAAC